AUGACUUUCAUUCACUUUCAUUUAGAUGUUAAACUGGUCGAUGGAGAUAAUCAGUGUUCUGGAAGAGUGGAGGUUUUAUAUAAUAAUCAAUGGGGAACCGUCUGUGAUGCUGGCUGGGAUUUAACAGAUGCUGCAGUGGUGUGUGGUAGCAUUGGUUGUGGGACUCCAAUAGCAGCAGAGACCGGAGCUUUCUUUGGGCAGGGUUCAGGACCCGUGUGGCUUGAUGGUCUGAGUUGUUCUGGAAAUGAGUUAACAGUGAAAAACUGUCCAUCAAAGGCAUUAGGAACAAGCACCUGUAGCCAUGGACAAGAUGCUGGAGUCAUCUGUAACCCUCCUGUUAGGUUGGUGAAUGGUGAUAACUCAUGUUCUGGACGAGUGGAGGUUCUUCAUAAUAGGACAUGGGGAACAGUGUGUGUAGAUUCCUGGGACUCUACUGAUGCUGCAGUUGUGUGCCAAGAAGUCGGAUGUCCAACUGGUGCUGAAGCAAAAAGAUUUUCCUAUUUUGGACCUGGUGUGGGAACAAUAUGGAUGGACGAUGUGGAAUGUACAGGGACUGAAUUAUCACUACAGGAGUGUACAUUUCGUGGAUGGGGAACACACAACUGUGAUCAUUCAGGUGAUGCUGGAGUCAUCUGUCGAGAUGUUCGACUGGUAGAUGGAGCUACUCAGUGUUCUGGAAGGGUGGAAGUUUUAAAUAAGAAUCAAUGGGGAACUGUCUGUGAUGCUGGCUGGGAUUUAGCAGAUGCUGCAGUGGUGUGUAACAGCAUGGGUUGUGGAAUAACUGUGGCUGCGAAGACCGGGGCUUUCUUUGGGCAGGGUUCAGGACCUGUGUGGCUAGAUGGUGUGAGUUGUUCUGGAGAUGAGUCGUCAGUGAAAAAUUGCCCAUCAAAGGCUUCAGCAACAAAAAGCUGUAGCCAUACAGAAGAUGCUGGGGUCGUCUGUCGAGAUAUAAGGCUAGUGAAUGGUACGAGUCCAUGUGAUGGCAGACUUCAGGUUCUUUAUAAUAAUCACUGGGGUUCAGUGUGUCACACUGGCUGGGGUCUGGAAGAAGCGGCAGUUGUGUGUGAAGAGCUGGGCUGUGGUGGCCUUGUAGAGCUACAGUCCUAUGUGGGUCCAUUUGUUGGCCCAGUAUGGAUGGAUAAUCUUACAUGUAAUGGAAAUGAGUCGACAGUGCGGAACUGUUCAUUUACUGGAUGGGGUGCGAGCAGCGGCUGUGCGGGUGGUCUUUACGCAGGAGUCAUUUGCAACAAUAUUAGACUGGUAGAUGGAGAUAAGCUGUGUUCUGGAAGAGUGGAGGUCUUAUAUAAUGAUCAAUGGGGAACCGCCUGUGAUGCUGGCUGGGAUUUACCAGAUGCUGCAGUGGUGUGCAAUAGCAUGGAUUGUUGGACUCCUGCGGCAGUAAAGACCGGUGCUUUCUUUGGGCAGGGUUCAGGGCCCGUGUGGCUGGAUGGUGUGAGUUGUUCUGGGAAUGAGCCAUCGGUGAAAAAUUGUCCAUCAAAGGCAUUAGGAACAAGCACCUGUAGCCACUCAAAAGAUGCUGGAGUCGUCUGUAACCAUCCUGUCAGGUUGGUGAAUGGCAGUGACUCAUGUUCUGGACGAGUGGAGGUUUAUCAUAAUGGGACAUGGGGAACAGUGUGUGUAGAUUCCUGGGACUCUACUGAUGCUGCAGUGGUGUGUAUAGAGGUUGGAUGUCCGACUGGUGCUGAAGCAAAAAGAUAUUCCUAUUUUGGACCUGGUGUGGGAACAAUAUGGAUGGACAAUGUUCAGUGUGAAGGGACUGAAAUAUCAUUAAAGGAGUGCAGAUUUCCUGGAUGGGCAUCACACAACUGUAAUCAUUCACGUGAUGCUGGAAUCAUCUGUCGAGAUAUUAGACUGGUAAAUGGAGCUAAUCUGUGUUCUGGAAGAGUGGAAGUUUUACAUGAUAAUCAAUGGGGAACCAUCCGUGAUACUGACUGGAAUUUAACAGAUGCCACAGUGGUGUGCAAUAGCAUGAGUUGUGGGACUCCUAUAACAGCACCGACUGGGGCUUUCUUUGGGGAGGGCUCAGGGCCCGUGUGGCUGGAUGAAGUGAUAUGUUCUGGGAAUGAGCCAACUGUAAAAGACUGUGCAUCAAAUGCAUUAGGAAAAAGCAGCUACAGCCAUGAACAAGAUGUCGGAGUUGUCUGUCGAGAUGUAAAGGUGGUAAAUGGUACGAGUCCAUGUGAUGGCAGACUUCAGGUUUUUUAUGAUAAUCACUGGGGUUCAGUUUGUCACACAUCCUGGGGCCCAGAAGAGGCUACAGUUUUGUGUAGUGAGCUUGGCUGUGGUGAAGUUGCAGUGCCGCAGGCAUAUGUAGGUCCAUUUGUUGGGCCAAUAUGGAUGGAUAAUCUUAUAUGUACCGGAAAUGAGUUGAAACUGCGGGACUGUUCGUUUACUGGAUGGGGUGCGAGCAGCAGUUGUGUGGAUGGAUUUUAUGCAGGAGUUAUCUGCAUCAGAUUUGUGAGAAAAGGUCUGGUGAGGAUUGUGGUUACACCUGAGCCUGGCAUCGAUGUCAAUGACCUAAAUAUUAUGGAGAUCCUUAUGAACAAGAUAAGCAAAGUGGUUAAAAGUAAAGGAGAUAAUUAUUUUGUUAACUGGAAAACACAGCAUGAUGGAUUGGUAUUCCACGAAACAGAAAAAAAGAAAGGUUCUACAGGAAUGCAAGUCUAAAUGCAAGAAAGAAAACACACAAGAAUAAUAAUAUAUUGGUAAUCAUUUAAUGUUCACUGUUGCUUCACAGUCUAUACUGCAUACAAGUGCAUCUCUUUAUAAAUACUAAAUAUUGUACAUAAAAGAAGUAAAUGCAUAAACUGUAUUGAGAGCAAAUAACUUUUGCUUAGAUCUCCUGCUCCUGGUGUUUGUCCAGAUAAAAUGGCCCAAAUGUCUCCUACAGAGUUUCAGAAAUUAUCUUAGUGUCACAAACUGAGCUCAGAUUUUCCAGGUCUGCAGUUUAAAUUAAUAUUAUUAAUGAUUUCAAUACAAACUCAGAUUUACAAAAAUACUGAAUAUUUUUGCCAUAUAUAUAGCUCCAUAUUCUUAAUGAAUUCAAACAAUUGCCUUAUUUGUUUCUAUUUUUAUUUGUCCUAAGCAAUUUUAGGAGAAAUGUCAGAGAUAGGGUUAAUAAAGAGAGAUACAAUUUAUUUAUUAUACAAAAUUUUUUUUACUUAUAAACAGAUGCGAUUGUAGUUAAAUGUUGCAAGCUUAUUAUAUGUUGCAAGCUUAUUAUGUACUCAUAUUCAUAGCUAUAGUAAUGUUAUAGAAUAUUUUGUCUUUUUGAAUCUAGACAUGUAAUCAUUUAAAAAGCAUCUUCAGGAAUCAAUUAUGCAUAUUUCUGAAAAGAAAAUAGCAAACACUACAUCAUUUGAAUUGUAAAGCAAGAUUUGUUUAAAAAAAUGUUGUACAUUAAGCUAUGUGUUGUCUCUUAUAGAACUAGAGAUUCAUAGAAUGUUUUAUGAGAAGAUCUUCACAACUUCUGUUAAGAAUGUUGAAUAUUAUUAAUGCAUGCUCUUAAAUAACUUGGGUAAUCUCUUGAUUGUGAGAAUUGCAUGUAUGUGCAUUUAGGAUUAGAAAUUAAAGAUUAAUGCAAAGUAACAUAGACUAUAAGCAGUGUAUGAGUUGUAUGUUAUGUUGGUGGCAGUACAUGGUUAUGAUCUUAAAAUUGCUUUCGACUAAAAAGAACUGAGAUCA